AUUCAGCGAUUAAACAGUGGGCUAGACUAGAGUUGACCAAGCUAUCAUCGCCUCAACUGUUUAUUGGCUUUGCAAGAAUGACUUUUUAAAUUAUAUAUCAACGCAAUUUAUUAUUUUAGGUUAUGUGGAUAAUGCUUUUUUAUUCCGUUUAAAAAAACGUGCACACACUUUGAUUCGGUCCUGAAAAAUAGCAGACCGCGUUAAGCGUUCACUUCAAGUGCAUCUGAUGAUGGAGCUGGAGUCUCAGUGAAUGCCCCGAAGCAGCUUUACAUACAGCUCCAAGUCAACACACUUAACAUUAGACAUUCACUGUACAGCACACACGCAGACAAACACCGUAAAGGGCAAUCGGGAAUUUUUCUACGCGCUUUUCGUUUUUAGUGAGAGUGAGAGAGAGAGAGAGAGAGAGAGAGAGAGAGAGAGAUUUGAGAUCUUCACUCUUCACGUGAAUGCACUCGUUAUACAGGGAUCAGCGCGCGAACAUGCUGUGGAAACUGGUGGAAAAUGUCAAGUAUGAAGAUAUAUACGAGGACCGCCAUGAUGGGGUACAGAGCCACAGUUCCAGACUGUCCCAGCUGGGGUCGGUCUCUCAGGGUCCGUACUCCAGCGCUCCGCCGCUCUCUCACACACCUUCCUCGGACUUCCAACCACCGUACUUUCCGCCGCCGUACCAGCCGCUGCCGUAUCACCAGAGUCAGGACCCGUACUCACACGUCAGUGACCCUUACUCUCUGAACGCUCUUCACCAGUCCCAGCAGCACCCGUGGGGCUCCCGUCAACGGCAGGACGUGGGCACGGAGAGCGGAGGUUUACUGCCGCAGCCUCGAGCCUCUUUACCGCAGCUCUCGGGUCUGGACCCCCGGCGGGACUACUCGACCAUGCGCCGACCGGACGUGCUGCUCCACUCCACGCAUCACGGGCUCGAGGCGGGGAUGGGAGACGGUCUGUCCCUUCAUGGCCUGGCGCACGGCAUGGAUGAUGUGCAGGUGGAGGACGCGAACAACGGGAUGAACAUCCUGGAUCAGUCAGUUAUUAAAAAAGUUCCAGUUCCACACAAGAGCGUCGCUUCUCUGAUGAUGAACAAAGACGGUCUAAUCGGCGGGAUCACCGUGAACGUCAACGAGGUCUUCUGCUCUGUUCCCGGCCGCUUGUCGCUUCUUAGCUCCACAUCCAAAUACAAAGUGACGGUUGGCGAGGUCCAGCGGCGCCUUUCUCCGCCAGAGUGCCUCAACGCCUCUCUGCUGGGCGGGGUCCUACGGAGAGCGAAGUCGAAAAAUGGCGGGAGAUCACUGAGGGAAAAGCUGGAGAAAAUCGGCUUGAAUUUGCCCGCGGGGAGACGCAAAGCAGCAAAUGUCACUUUACUGACGUCUCUAGUAGAAGGAGAAGCUGUUCAUUUGGCUCGCGACUUCGGCUACAUUUGUGAAACUGAAUUUCCCACAAAAGCCGUGUCUGAAUACCUGAACAGACAGCACACAGAUCCAAACGAACUGCACUCGCGAAAGAAUAUGCUGCUCGCCACAAAGCAAUUAUGUAAGGAGUUCACAGACCUGUUAGCUCAAGAUCGCACUCCAUUAGGAAACUCUCGGCCUACAUCCAUCCUGGAUCCAGGAAUCCAGAGCUGCCUGUCACACUUUAGCUUCAUCACACACGGUUUUGGUUCUCCGGCCAUCUGCGCCGCCCUCACAGCUUUGCAGAAUUACCUGACUGAAGCCCUUAAAAGCCUCGACAAGAUGUUCCUGAACAACCCCACUCCCAACCGACACACACCUGCAGACGGCUCCAAAGGAGCUGGAGAGAAAGAGGAAAAACACAGGAAAUGAAUUGUGGAAAUAUGAUAUCAAGGAAGGAGAGUCAUUGGAGAUGUUCAGAGAUUUUAGUUUUAUGACACUGCGUUUUACAUUUUGGAUUGAAGAUGGAGAGUGGACAACAGAUCAUGGGAAAUGAAAGGAACAAUACCAUAAAAUAGACUGGAAGACACGAGUCUGCUGUGAGACGUUCAACAUCUUAAUCUCAUUCAUGUGCAAGUGUGAAAAUAUUCAAGGAGUGUUUGUGAGUGUGAUUUUGUGUAUCAAAAGAAUGAAAAUUUUACAUUAUGUUAGACGCAGGCAGUCCUUUA